AUGAAUCUUUUACAAAGCUCAUAAUUAAUUAUUCUAUACUUCACUAAUUAUAAAAAGAAUUACUUCAUAUGUAAAAAUUUCAUAAUCAAAUUCAUCUAAUAAGAGUUGAUUCUAAUCAUUAUUUUUUAAUUGAUANUUGAUAAUAAAAUACCUGAAUAAUGGUUAGCAUUAUCUUAUUUAACAACUAAAUCCUUAGGUUCAUUUGUAACAGAUUUAAAAUAAAGAAUUGAAUUUAUUAAUUAAUGGAUUAUAUAAGGAUAACCUAUAGUCUUUUGGUUGGGUGGAUUAUAUUUUAUAUAAGGUUUUUUAACUGCAAUAUUAUAAUAAUAUUCAAGAAAAUCUAAAAUUCCUAUUGAUUAAUUAAGAUUUGAUUUUAAAUUUCAUCAAGAGGCUCCUUUAGAAGUUGGAACUGAAAUUUAUGCAAAUGGAAUAUCAAUUGAUGGAGCAUCUUUUGAUUUCUAAGAAUUUACUUUAACAGAACCUUCAAGUAGCAUUUUAUUUUAUCCAUGUCCUAUUAUAUAAUUUUGUCCAACUUAAGAAAUUGUUAAAACUUACAAGUAUUAUUCAUGUCCACUUUAUAAUACUUCUUAAAGAAAAGGAGUAUUAACAUCAAAUGGAUUAUCAGUGAAUUUUAUAUGUAAAAUUAAAGUACCAAUUAAUAAUAAUAAAGAACAUUGGUCUAAAAGAGGAGUGGCUUUAAUUAUUUAAGCUAAUUGA